AUGAACAACAACAGUUUUACACUGAAUUCUAGCAACCCUGAGGAACAAUUUGAAUUGGGAAUUGCCAUCAUGAAUAAAGCAUGGAAGGCAAAAGAAACACAAAUGAUGGAUGAAAUUGAAAGUUUGAAAAGACAACUCCAGAAGAAGCAAGAGGAAAUUCAACAACAAGCUCAACAAUAUAGCAAACUACAUUUUGAGUUUCAAUCCCAAACUACGGCUAUGAAAACUCUUCAAGAUAUGAAUCAAGAUCUGCAACUGGAGAGAGAUCGUCUAUCUCAGCAAGUAAAAUCACUUUCCGGUGAGCUGGCAAAGCUAAAACAAUUCAAGAAAACCAUUAUCCAAUCCAUCAAUUUUGAUGAAGGAGAAGACUCACAGAUUGGUAACACGAGUCAGUUGAUUUCGUCCUCCAACACCAAUCUUGGCACCAACAGCAGCAUGUUUUCAGAAGCCAGAGCUGUUCCUUCAUCACAACCAUUGAGUAAUGCUCCUCAAAUUGAAGGAAAAGAAUUCUUUAGGCAUGCCAAAGAUGUCCUCUCUACAAGACAGUUCUCAGAAUUUUUACAACAAAUCAAGUUACUGAACAAUCAACAACAAAGCCCUCAACAAACAUUGCAAAAUGUAAACGAAAUAUUCAACGGUGAACAUCCACAAUUACUGGAAGGAUUUAAAAGAAUCCUUACUCAACGACAGCAAGCAGCGGCUCAAGCAACCACAUCUCACCACAAACUACGCCAUAAGAAAACUACCAGCGAAAAAAUUCGACUCAAAAAGGCAAAAAUUUUUUGA